AUGAAAAAACUCAACAUCUUCAAAAAGCUUCGGAAGAAGGACAAGCAAGAAGUUGUUGACGUCCCACAACAGGAGGAUGACGAGCGUUCUGCAAUGUCCUACGACGAAGAUCUCAUGUUUGACAUCAAUCAAGAUCAUGAGGAAGUUACCGAAGAAGAUUUGGCCGAAAAACAACUUCGGUACCAACAAUACAGCAAUUACUCGGCACUGGAUCUCAAUGAAUCACUAGAACAAAUUUUAAACGAAACCGAUCCUGAUUAUAGAGUUUCGGAUUUCAGUUAUAUUGAUGUGAUUGCUCGUUCUCUCAAGAAUGGAACAGCACAAGAAGAUUUGAGACGUUUAAAAGAAAAUAAGCAGCGAUUGGAUGAUGCUGUUCAACAAAUUGUUUGUGUGAAUUAUAAAGGAUUUAACAAGAGUAUCAGGAAUUUUUCGGACAUGUUGGAGUUAAUGGAAAGAGGACGAACACAAGUUGCACAAAUGAUGCACAAAGUGAAAACGGCAAAAGAGCUAUUGUCACUCCGAACUCAAGAUUUAAUUUCCUUGUACUCGAGUUAUUUACAACAGAAAGAGAUUCUCGACAUUUUGAUAGCAGUCGAGAAUGUUAAAAGCGCACCAGAGGAUAUUAACAAAUCAGUGUCAACCAAACAUUUUCUUCAUGCUGUUCGUGUUUUGAAAACGUAUUCCACAGUUGCUCAUAGUGAGCGAUUAAGAUCUAUCAAAGCACUUCAUGAAGUUCGUGCUCAAUUUGUUGAAUAUUAUGACAAAUUGCCUGAUCUCAUCACUGACGAAUUGCGUGCACAGCUACACAUUCAAGCCUAUCAGCGAGUUCUUGACUAUAUUGAUGAGGACGAUUGGAACAUUGAAUCAACCUCUCUAAAAAGAGAUACAUCUCCAAUUUCUGCAAAGAUUGGUGGGCCUCGAUUGAAUACUGCGUCAAAACGACUUGCUGCACUCAGAAGCGAAGCACAGGAAGAAAGUAGAGGGUCAUCCUCCGCCUCACCUUCUUCAAAAACAGCACCAAUACUUCAGGACAAUCUUUCAAUCGAUUAUGAAAAGCAAAAUCCUUCACAAUAUAUGAUUCUUUUAGUAGAGGCAUUGGAUGUUAUGAAUAAGCUUCCAGAAAUUCAAUCAAGACUCGUUCAAAGCCUUCGUUUUGAUUUGAGACAUUUAAUUGAAGCUCACAUUUCUGAAUUUUCAAAUUCUCUCAAAAGCUCUGACCGUCACUUAUUGUGGUUAAUCAUUCAAAACAAAAGAGCAUCUAAUUUAGAAAAUCAGGGAACACACACAAGUACUAACUUUGAGGAUCCUUUAGAACAACACAAAACAAAUACAGGAAGAUCCAUUCUCCAAGGAAAAUUAAUUGCAGAAAUGAUGGAAGGCCUCUUUGUGAAACUGAAAAAAGUGUUAAAGAAUUAUCAAUUCCUAGUUCAAAUAUUGGAACAAAAGAAUGCUCAAAAAGGAUCUUCAUACAGUGGAGGUGACGAGAAGGAAUUGGGAGCAAUGAGUAUUGUCAUGUCUAAAGAAGUUCUCACUCGAAUUCGAGAUGCCAUCAAUGACUACAUGUACAAGAACAGAAAUGAUACAUCAGAACAAGCUCAACUACUCAAGAAAUGUAUGGAAGACCUUUUAUAUAACUUUAUUGAUCAACAAAUGGACGAUAACAAAAAACAAAGAGUGAAAGUACUGAUCAACAUUAUGGAGACCCAGCUUGGUCUGAAUACUAAUAAUGGAAGAAUCAAAAAAGAUGCCUUGUUAACCUUUAAAUCAUUAAUUGUUGACACAUUGUCAUCACCAGAUACUCCAAGAGUACUCUCUGUGGAACAUGUUUGGAAAACGGUUGAGGAUGAAAUUGGGUCUGUGUUGAGGGAAUUGUUAGGAAUUAGAAACAGCGAAAUGGAAAAACAAACCGACAAGAUCAUGAUUAACACAGAUCUAAAAUCAAAAUCCAAGAAAAAGAAUGACUUUGAUUGUGAAAUCAUGUUCAAAUUUUCAGCAAAUAUGGAUUUUGCACUUUUUUCAAACUCUGACAAGUCCAAUGAUGAAACCAAAGUCAAGACUCUGUGUGAAAGCAUGAGCUCGUAUUUCAUUUUCUCACCCUAUAAUAUUAUUUGGAUGUACAAAAUUGUAUUGGGAUUUGUUCUCGACAUUCUCUCUUGCAUCAAGAUUGAACAUUCCGAUAAUUCAGAAGGACCCCAUGAAGAAUCCACAUUAAGAACUUUCAUGGACAGUUUCAUUCGAAAUAGUUUUAUUCCUCUCAUUGAAGAAGAUUACAAAGCAAAAUUAUCCAAAACUUUGAACAGCCAAGAUUUUCUCAAAACAUCAGCAUUCUUGCCACGAGAAGCAGUCAAUCAAACAACUUCCACUUAUACAUAUUCAUCACAAACCGAAAAGAGACCUCUCCUCAAUAGCGUGCUGUUCAUGUCUUCAUGGUUGCGAGAAUUAUUUAAAAUCUCACUUUCUUUGCCCAUGUAUAAGGUAGAAGUGUUUCAAGUGAUUGAUUUGGUGUUAAAGAAUUAUUUGGCAGCAUGCAAGGUUCAGUUCAAUAACGUUGUGAAUGGCAAAUUUAUUCAACAAUCUCUCACAACAGAAUAUGAGAGUGUUUAUCCAGUACUCAAAGCAGACCCUACCUUUAAAAAACUCUACUCGAGAAGACAAAACUCUUCAGGAGAAUCCAAACAAUCAGAAAAAUUCUAUCAAAACUUAUUUGUUUUGGUUGAUGAAAAGUUGCAAAUUAACUAUCCUCAUUCACUUCCAAAAACAAAAUUUAUUGACAAUAAUUCACAACUCAUUCUACUGGCUAACCUCAAUGACAGUCUCGAAUGGCUGGCUGAUCUCCUUCAAAAAUACCAAAAAGAGAUGAUUCAAAAUGAACAAUUGGCAAUCAAACAACAAUUACAACAACGACAACAACAAUUCAAUAAUGGAGACGGUCAAAGUGGAAAGGCAACUUCGGCAACAACUCCAAUAAUGAGGCCUCGAAGUGGAUCUUCUAUCAAUACUCAUAACUCUCCAUCCUUUAAGAGUAGAUCCGAUACAUUGUUAAAUCCAAUGCCUCAUGUCGUGAGUGAUUCUAAUAUUAGAAGAGUAGCUCGAGCUCACCAUUUGCGAGUUUUGAGCUCUGAUGCAGAGGCAGCCAAUUCAGAUUCAGAUGAAGAAUCAGCAUUGGAAAAGAUUAAGAAAUAUUCUCUCUUCUUGGUAAAUUAUGAAAAAGAAUAUCGAGAGCUUGCUUUGAAAUGUCUAUUUGCUCUCAAAUUAGAUAUUCGUGUACAUUGUUAUCACUUUAUUCAUUGUAAUUUAAUGGACAAUCUUUUGAAAUAUGGAACGUAUGAUUGUGAAGAUGAACGAAAAGAACCAGAAGAUUUUAUUAAUGCAUUCAAUCAAGAUUUAUUCAGAAUUGAAAGAUAUCUUUCGUGUUAUUUACCAAAAUCUAAAUUAAGAUAUCUUUUUGAAUCCAUUGAGCGAAUGAUUCUAGAUUUAUUUAUUGGAAGUCUACCAUUUGCAAUUUCACAAUUUAAUGAAAUGAAACUCGAUGAAGAAUCGAAUACCAUGUUAGGAGGUGAAAUAUUUAAGGCUCCAAAUUUCACAACACUAGGUCUUGAAAAGAUGAUGAGAAAUAUCUUUGGUUUGCAACAACAAUUAUCGAAUUUUCAUUUAGUGAACGAACGUCGAUUUGAAAUUAUUAGAGAUUAUUUCAAUUUGUUACAAGUGCCAUCGGAUCAAAUUCUUGCCAUGAUUCAAAAUACUCCCCUCAAACAAUUACCAUUCACAGAGGAACAAUAUGAAGCUAUUCUUCAAACACCCUAUGGAAAUAUUAAGAGAGAUGUGCAGGAUGUUGUGUUGGCGAGACAAUUGUUUGAUAAAAAGUUGAAGAAGGAAAAGAAAGACAAGCAAAAAUAA